UUGAUCGUUUAGCAUCGCGGUAUCUGUCUUAUUCCACAAUGGCCAUGAUUGCGCACGCGCGAUCUGCGAGAAUCUGAGAUUGACCGACUAUUGACAGAUGUACGUUGACAGUUGUGGUGUGGUCGAGCGCGAUUUUUCGUGUACGUGGAAAUUUUUCUAAUUUUAUUGAAAAAAAUCUCGAAUGCGUUUUACGGUCUACCCCGCAAUGCCGGGGCUUGGCGAAUCCGUGUUCACCGACAUCCUAAAGUCGUGAGACAAGGUAGUCCAAUCAGGCAAGAGAGGAAGAGUGUGAGAGAAGAGAGAGAGUCUUAAUCAUCGGCAUGGGCGAAAAUUCGGAGCCCUUUAGGGAUGAGACGAAUCUCGUGGAAUAUGACCGGGUCGACUUGCCCGUAGGACACGACGUUCGUUCGCUUGAAGGAAUGACAACACAGGAUAGUAUAUCGCAAGUUCAAAGUGAUUAUCAUGAAAGCAACACAUUUGAAAGUAAAAGCAUUUUGGCAUUAUUAAGGAAGAAUGAUGGAGAAGUAAAAUCAAUUUGUUCUACAGAUAACAUGGACUCGUACAUUACUUUUGAGGAGGAUAAAUCUAUUACUGACGUUCCUAAUAUAAAACUUCAGACUUGCCAGUUGUCUAGUAGCGAGAGUCGGCUCUUGUACGAUACUGAAUCUCUUUGCCAUUCACUGUCGUCCCAUUGUACGAGUGCUUCAUUACCCGCGAUAUCAUUUUCGGAUUCACACUUAGUCAGAAACAAAGUUAACGCGUUUGAAAAGAAUGUAUAUACACAGGGCAAUGUAGCAAUGACUUGCACCGAAGAAAAGACGUUGUUUAAUCGAUUAAACGAAAUAAAAGAUUCUUCUGAUUUGCAACAUUCCACGAAUGAAAAUAUUUUUAAAGCACGUCAGCAUAAUCCGACGGAAGAUAAAGACGAUAAAAAUUAUCUUAAAGAUCAGGUUGUUGAGAGUAGUAUAGCUGAAACGAAACAAUCUUGUGAAGAAACGAUAGAUUCACGAACGAAUAAUAAGGCUACGAACGAACGAAGUCAAGCUGAAAUGAAUGUAUCUAAAAAGAACAUAUUGCAUUCUUCAAUUCUGACACUAGGUACUAACGCACGAGAUCUGGUAUCACGGCCGACUUUAGCUGAUGAUAGUAAACUGGUAAAAAUGUCUCUUUUGACGAAUCCGAUAAAUAUAAUGCAGUCGAACGUUCAGAUUUUAAAUAAAAGCCGUAACUUUUUAAACUUUAUCACGGAAAAGUCGACGAACAUUAUGGAAAAGGCUCUGCUGCCACAGCAUUUGGCAAUGAAAUACAAUCACGUAUUGAAAUCCAUUGAGAACGAUACUGUGGGGUUUUGUACUGGUAACGAAUCUUCCUUCAUUGAUGUGACGUCCAGAUUAGAUAUAGACUCGGCGACAAAUCGAAGUGAUACAAGUUGUAUGAUUAUAAAACAAAAUCACGAGAGUGAGAGUAACUUGAAUAGCGUGACAAACAAUGAGAAGGAAAUAAAUCUGUCUGCGUGUAUGAAAGAAAGUAAAACGUACGAUGACUCUGGAGGACAGCUGUUACGUAAUAGCGAUCUUGACAAUGAAAUAGUAUCGGACGAGAAAAAUCAUGUACUUAAAAACAAUGAUUUUGACAGAUUAGAUUGUGAUGUAAUUCAUGAUCAAAUAAGACGCGACGUAUUGUCCACAGAAACGAAUAAAAAUAACGAGUCAUAUGACGUCGCGUAUAAAGAAGAUUCGUUUGGUAUUGAUACUUUGGCGAAUUUAAAUAUUUUAAAACACAACUCUUUGGAACAUCCAGCUUAUCUUACCUUAUUGGAGGAUUACACCAGUUUAAAGCUCAAGCACUUAAAGCUACUGGAGAAAAUGGAAUAUUUAAAAAACUUGAAUCAAUCGAGUAACUUUUGUCAAGAGUCCAGAACAAAUGCGGAUGCACUUACCUCGCAAGUGAAAAACUUGGAAAAGACUGUACAUAAAUUAACAGUCGAUCUGAAUGAGUCACUGGAUAUGCAGGAGGCUCUGAAGAAGGAGUGCAUCGUGGUUAAUAGAGAAAAGGAGGAUAUGAUUAUGAAAUACGUAACCAGCGAGAAACAGUUAAUUGAUACACAAAGAGCGAGAGAUUCUACAGAACGUAAAGUUAAAGAACUCUUAAAGGAUCUAGAAUUAGUGCAAAGCAAAUUACGCCAAACGCAGGGUGAACGCACGAGAAUAUGUAGUAUCUUGGAUGGAAAAUGUCGUGAGGUAACUGAUCUUCAAAAGGAGAUAGAAAACUUGAAGGAGGAUGUUAAAUCAAAGGAGAUCAAACUAAAAUGGACACAGACCAAACUUAAAACCGAAAUGGAGUCGCAAAAGGAUACUCAACAUAAAUUAGACAAAGCUCUGAUGAAGAUAAAUGAUAUGAAAGAGGAAUGCGAGCAAAUACGUCGCGAAACGCAAGAAUCGUUUCGUAAAUUUCAGCAAUCCGAGGAGAAUAAAGCUGUGACGUUGGACCAACAACUGAAAGAGCAUCAAGCACGUUUGAUUUUGGAAAGGCAUGUUACGGAGGAUAAGGAAACACUGAGGCUUCAGUUGCAAAAGGAGUUGGAAAUAUUCAAGUCCAAGCAACAAAAUUUACUUGAAGAAAAUAAAAAGCUAAGUCUAAAGAUACAAGAAUCAGAGAAGAUUUGUUUAAAUCAUGAAAAUGAUUUAAGUAAUUUGAGGAUCGUCGCAGAUCAGCGUCAGCAACAAAUCGUCGAAUUAUUAGACAAAGUCUCCCAGUUAGAAACAUUAAAAGUACAAUUGCAACAUGAAGAAAAUCGUGUAGUAUCGACCGAAGCAAAAUUGCAGCAAUUGCAAUUUAUUAAUGAGGAACUGCAAUCUGAUAUGCAAGCGUGCCGUCAGAAAGAGGCAGAUAUGUUAGAUUUUACACAAAAGUUAACGGACACGAAUGUACGUCUUCAAUCGGAGUUUAUUACGAUUCAAGCAAAGGCGAAUUAUCUUGAAUCCGAACAAGGACCCCUACGUGAUUGCAUCAACCAAUUGACCAAUAAGGUUAAAACUUUAGAGGAAGAACUGAUGCAAGAACGAAAAAAACGAAGAGAAGAGUGCGAGAUUCUAGCUAAGCAUCUCGCCGAGCAGACUCAACUCGCGCAGAACUUCGCUCAAAAGCUGGAAGACAGUCAGGGUGAAAAUGCAGUAUUAAAGAGGAAGGAUCAGACUUUUAUAAAGGAAAUGACACGAGAAUUGCAACAAUGUCGUAGAAAAUUGGAAAUGUACGAAACUACGUCUCCUAGUAAUUCAUUGGACAUUGCAUCUAGAACAGGAUCUAACACUUCCUUAGCAGGUGAUACAUCAAACGGUGCCUUAUCAGAUAACAACGCUAAUAGUGAUCAAAUUAAUUCUAUAGAACUUAAUAAGCAAGUACUAAUGGAUCGCAUCAUCAAGCUACAAAAUAUAAAUGUAAAAAGGGCUGAAAAGUUAGAUUUCUUAAAAGAACACACGCAAACAUUACUUGAAGACAUACAGAAAAAAGAAAAAAUAAUACAAUAUUAUAUUUUACAUCAAAACUUUGGGGCUUUGACAUGUAACGAAAGAGAUAGACACAAGCAUAUCAAAAACAGAAGAGGCACAGCGGAAUUGGCACGACGCGGAGGUAUAAUGGCAUCCGUUUACAAUCAUAAAGUUUCGGAUGAGAAUAUGACUCUAGAACUUUCUUUAGAAAUAAACCAAAAAUUACAAGCGGUUCUUGAAGACGCGUUAUUAAAAAAUAUCAUUUUAAAGGACAAUAUUGAUACAUUAGGUAAAGAAAUAGCUAGUUUAACAAUGCAGAAUCAGCGAAAACAAAUUGAUAAAUAGUUAUUACAUGUUAAGUAUGUAUAUAUAUAUAUAUAUAUGUGUGUGUGUGUGUGUGUGUGUGUGUGUGUGUACUCACACACAUAUAUCAUUAUACAUGAAUUUAUAUCAUACAUACACAUGUAUAUGUAUAUUAGAAUUAUUUUAUUUUGAAUUGUAAUUAAAAAUAUGUAUAUUUAUGUAAAUUUAUUUAUUAUAUUUAAUUCAGGAUGCAUGUUAUGUACUACACACACAUGCGCGCGCGUACACACACACACACACACACACACACACACACACACACACACACACACACAUAUAUACAUUGCAAGCGGAACAUAUAGAUUCAGAGAUACAAAACUAUGUUUAACAUGUCACAAAAUGUAUUAUAAAAUUUAUUCAAAGAAUA